AUGGCAGCGCAAGUGUCGGCCUACAAGGACCGACAAUUCCUCGCUGUUAUAGGAGAUGAAGAUUCGGUGACUGGUCUACUUCUCGCAGGCAUUGGCCACGUCACAGACCCUCCCGACUCUCAGAAGAACUUCCUUGUUUGUGAUUCAAAGACCGAGAAGGCCCAGAUCGAGAAAACAUUCAACAGCUUCACCAAAGAGCGAAAGGAUAUUGGCAUUGUGUUGAUAAAUCAGCAUAUUGCAGAACAAAUACGAGAUACCGUCGACAAGUUCCGGGAUGCGUUUCCGGCUGUUCUCGAGAUCCCCAGCAAAGACCAUCCCUAUGACCCGGAGAAAGACAGCGUCUUGAGGAGGGUGAGGAGACUUUUCGGCGAAUAG